AUGUACAAAACGCCCGGAGAGGAAAAGAAAAUUGUCGAGGAAGGUCUCCUCUACUUGAACAGAACUUCAGGUUCUCUAAUCUUCGAGCAUUUUAUGGAACAAUACGAACAACCUUGUCCUCAAGUUCAUGCAGAAGUUCAAGUAUUAGAGCAUUUUUACCAGAGAAAGCUCUCCUUUGCGGACGGCGAUCGAUUUAUUGCUUGCAGCAAGCCCGCUUGCCUUUGCUGUGAGCUAUACUUCAAGCAUCAUCCAGCGCGCAUGGUGCUGCCUUCAUCACAUCGGAAGGUCUGGACAAGAUGGAGUCCUCCAGCCGUGAAGGUAUUUACCAAGAAUGACAUGGCAACUCGAGAGCAAACCCAGAUUAUGAGCAAGAUUACGCAAGAGCUCCGUGACCAGAUCACUGACCAAGUUUUGCGGCGCUCACAAGCAAGCCGCUGGCAUCCAGACUCUAUAACUUGCAUCACGGAGAUGCACUCUGCAAGUAACUUUAAGUCGCUUGACGAGCAAGACAUUUGCGAAAAUGCAUACAGCGAAUCUGUUGCAGAUCCCUUGGAUAGUCCAGAGACCGGAGAGCGAGGUGGUCUAGAUCAGGAAAUUGAUUCGGACGAUGGCGGCGUGUCCAUUCAUAUUUAA